CGGAGCGCAAGGACAGCUGGCUGGCGGUGGGGGGGCUUGAAUUAUUAUUAUUAUUAUUAUUGUUGUUGUUAUUAGGAAAAUAACUCAUUUUUUAAAGAGAAAACUCGGAUUCAGAAGACGAAUCAAAAGGUGUAUAUUAUUUUUUACAUCCGCGAGAAGUGUUUUUUUUUUAGGAGAGGAGGCUGAAGCAAGAGGAGCAACAAAAGAACUUUCCUGCAUGUGAGGACUUCGGGGGCUAAGAAGAUCACAUAGAUGGUUGGUCCAGAGAGCUGCCCGGACCAUGAAUGCCCAGCUGUCGAUGGAAAACAUAGGCGACCUGCACGGAGUGAGCCAUGAGUCUGUGACCGGCCACGGGGAGCUGCUGAGCGGCCACAGUCCGCAUUCCCGUCCCAGCCCCCGGGGUCUUAGCCACCGCGCGAUGGGCAUGGCGACCCUCUUGGACAGCGGAGACUAUCACCACCCGGGACACCUCCACCCCGCCAUCAGCAUGUGCGAAGCCCCCGGGAUGAGUGCGAGCAGCACUUACACCACGCUAACCCCCCUGCAGCCUUUGCCCCCCAUCUCUACGGUGUCCGACAAGUUUCCUCCCCACCAUCAUCACCACCACCACCACCAUCAUCCCCACCAUCCUCAUCCGCAUCCCCACCAGAGGAUCGCCGGGAAUGUCAGCGGCAGCUUCACGUUAAUGCGGGAGGACCGCAGCCUGGCCCCCAUGAACAGCCUCUACCCCGCCUACCACCACAAGGACCCCUGCAUGGGUCAGAGUCUCUCCCCGCUGUCCGGCUCCGGUCUCGCCGGCAUCCACACCACCCAAGCCGGCCUCCCUCCUUACACCCACCCCGGUGCCGCUAUGCCCGGUGAGAAGAUGCUCACCCCCAGUGGCUUCGAGGCGCACCACCCCGCCAUGCUAAGUCGACACGCAGAGCAGCACAUGAGCUCCUCGGCUGGGAUGGUGCAGCUCAACGGCCUGCAUCAUCACCCCCACGCGCAUCUGGGAGCGCAGGGCCACGGCCAGGGGCUGGGAAGCGGCCGGGACCAGGCUUCCGGACUCGGGCAGCAAGGAGCCAUCAACGGCGGGGGAGGAGGAGGAGGUGGUGCCGGUGGAGGCCAGAUGGAGGAGGUGAAUACCAAAGAGGUGGCGCAGAGGAUCACCACGGAGCUCAAGCGCUACAGCAUCCCCCAAGCCAUCUUUGCCCAGAGGGUCCUGUGCAGGUCCCAAGGGACCCUCUCCGACCUGCUGAGGAACCCCAAGCCCUGGUCCAAGCUCAAGUCCGGCAGGGAGACCUUUCGGCGGAUGUGGAAGUGGCUGCAGGAGCCUGAGUUCCAGCGCAUGAGUGCACUCAGGCUCGCAGGUGAGCGAAGCCUCGCAUGCAAGCGCAAGGAACAGGACCACGGUCGCAGCGAGCGGGGCAACGUGACCAAGAAGCCCCGUCUGGUCUUCACGGAUGUGCAGCGACGGACUCUGCACGCCAUCUUCAAGGAGAACAAGCGUCCAUCCAAAGAGCUGCAGCUGACCAUAGCACAGCAGCUGGGCCUGGAGCUGGCCACCGUCAGCAACUUUUUCAUGAAUGCGCGGCGCCGGAGCUUGGACAAGUGGGUCGACGACGGCUCCGGUCACCCCGGCGGGCCCAACGUCUGCAACAAAGCCUGAAAAAACGGGAGCGCUUUGAUCUUUAUAACUCAUGGACUUGACUCGGUGGAAAAGCUUUAAAACUUUAGAGAAACUUACAAAAGACCUUGAAUUUUUUUUUUUUUUGCCCUUAAAUCUGUACUAUAUUGAUAUUUAUAGUAUCCAAAGAUGAGAAAAAACAAACCAAAGACUUCUUGUUCGACCUGCUUUGACGUGUUUGUGUAACACACUGCAAAAAGGCUACAGUUGCCCCCCCCCCGAACCCCCAAUUCCCCUUUUUUCAACACUUUCACUGGUCUCUAGCUUUACAGCAUCAAUCUAUCACACCCUUAUCUUUAAUCUCCCUCCCAAAAAUGGAGCUUCUCAAUCAAGUUCAUCGUCUGCAACCUUGAGAAACAACCAAGAAGGCGGAGCUCCAGUGGGAUUUGACCAAUCAAUGUUCAAGAAAAUUCAAUCCCACAGGAGCGAUUGUUGCUGGAUUGUUGUUGUUUUUUUUUGUUUUUGUUUUUUUUGGAUUCGUGGACUGUUCCGGGAGCCCGUAAUCGUCGCCUGCUAGCCUCAAAGCAAACAAAACUCCACACUCCAGACUGUGAUGUAGUGCUUUCCUUCAGACGUGCUGAAACGUUGUUUUAAAACAGACAAACCAAAGCUAGAAAUAAGACAGCGGCGGCGCUUUGACCAAAGAUGAUUUUUUUCUAGUUGAUAACAUAGAAGCCGCUGCUGUAGUCUCAAUCAUCCACACAGCGCCUAGCCUAGCCCAACUCAUUUGCAUAAAAGUUCACUAUGUGAACAGCUAUACUCCCAAUGGCUCCCCAUUUAAAAUCCAUAUGUAUUUCUUCACCAUUCAUCCUGGAGUCAGCUAUAUGAACCACUACGCUACUAAUUCUUCAACAAACUUAAUCAUUCUGUGCAUUUUUUUUAGCAUUUAUUUUGUUCAGGGGCACAACAGUGGCUAUCCUUUGACUUUUAUGUGAACCACUACACUACCAAAGUCAUUUUAUUCUAGAAUCAUUUAUCUUAGAUAAAUGUCAACUAUGUGAACCGUUACACCACAAAUCAUGAAGAUUGUCAUUUAUCCAACCAGCCAACAUAAUCUAUCCAUAUAGAUAGUUUUUGCACAAAAGUCAGCUAUGUAAACCACUACACUUCCAAUGCGCAUUUUUUAGCAUUUUUAGCAUUCCUACAACUAUGUGAACCGCUACACCGCUACACAAUCAUGAAGUCAUUUAUCCAAUCAGCCAUGAAAUCCAUUGAGCAACAUUAUCUAUAGUUUUUGCACAAAAGUCAGCUAUGUAAACCACUACACUUCCAAUGCGCAUUUUUUUAGCAUUUAUCUUGUUCAGGGGCACAACAGUGGCUGUCGCCUAUACCAUUUGACUUUUAUGUGAACCACUACACUACCAUAGUCAUUUUAUUCUAGAAUCAUUCUUACAUUUAUCUUAGAUAAAUGUCAACUAUGUGAACCGCUACACUACCAAUCAUGAAGAUUGUCAUUUAUCCAAUCAGCCAUUAAAUCCAUUGAGCAACAUGACAGUUUUUGCACAAAAGUCAGCUAUGUAAACCACUACACUUACAAUGGCUAAAUAUACUUAAUCACACAUCCACAUCUUCAGGAUCAAAACCCGUUCUAGUGGAAUUAUAGAGUGAUUGCAUGAAAGUCAGCUACGUGAACCGGUAUAUCUUUAUUCUAUGAGCAUACAUUUUGUGUUGUGGUUAUCCUGUCUUAUCACAGCUGACUUUUGGGGUGUCACCACACUCAACCGUGUUAACCACUACACUGGCUCAGCCUACUGAAUCAUUUAGAAUGUAUCAUGUUCAGGGUCCUAUCCGAGUCGACUUGUAGGGUGAAGUCUGCUAUGUGAACUACUACACAUAUUCUCAAUCAUAAUAUGUUUUUUUUAGCAUCUAUUGAGUUUAGUGUCAAGUUAUCUUAUCUCUACGACUAUCUUGGAUAACCACAACAAAGUUAGCUACUAUGUGAACCACUACACUACUGCCUUAUGGAUGCUUUCUUGAAUGGCUUGUAUGUUCCCGGUGAGUGGUGUGAAUGUUAUUGUUGGUGCUCGCAGUGAAGGCCAAUCAAAAUAUUGUUAUUUAUUUUGUCUCAUCAAACAUGCCGAGUCGAGAAGAUCCAUAGCAGUGACCCCCCCACCCCCACCCCCACCCCUUACCCACUAAUCCAAAGCCUGCAAAGCUAUGCAUUUCAGCACAAGGAGGAAAGCACUACACAGGGGGAAGCGUAGCAGGUUUGAUAAAUUAGCCGGGCCCCCUUGUCAUCCUCAUCCUCCUCCUCCUCCUUGCCCUCCUCUUCCUCAAGGCCACGGUUAGCAGCUCUACAUUCAUCAGAAGAAGCACUAAAGAAAAAAAAAAAGACGCUUCUUCAGUCACCAAAACCAAACCAACCACAACAAAACGUGUCACUUGCUGAUGUUUUCUAGUGUGAAACCAAAGAUGCUACCUCACUCAAGUUCCAUACGUGAUUUCUAUCACUUUGACGAUACCAAAGAUAACCAAAGAUGUUUUUCUUCUUCUUGUUUGUUUAUGUCACUGCACGGCCUCUGUGAGUGGAGUUUAGAAACAACGGUGUGUGUGUGUCCCCGUCUUCACCCCCCAAUGCACUCCUGCUCUCGCUUCAGCUUAAUGGAUAGUCACGCCGCUGUAGCUUUCAUUAUGAUGCAGAUGAUGAUGGUGAUGAUGAUGAUGCAGCCAUGGAUACACACAUG